CGAAUGAAAUGCGGUCACACCGCGCCGCAAAGAAUGUAUAAAAGGGGGCUGCCAUCCGCAGAGCGAAUAAAUAACGGUUCGCGAGCAACAACUUUUCAUUUCGAGAGCGGAGUAAUUUUUCCAGCCGACAAACACAGUGAUUGAAAACCCAAACGAGAUUUAUUUCGAAACGCGACAAGAAAUUGUUACAUCAAAGGAGCUGCAACGACUAAAAUCCGCGAAGGAAAACAGUGGAAAGUGCGAGAAAAUACAUAUAACAGAGAAAAAACCAGUGACGCAUUAGCAACAACAACAAACAGUCAUCGAACGAUUUAUAGAAUCUAACGCAGAGUCCAAAGCAUGAAUCUAUCAUUCGCUGGCUGCGGAUUCCUGGGCAUCUACCACGUCGGAGUGGCCGUCUGCUUCAAGAAGUAUGCACCGCAUCUGUUGCUGGAGAAGAUUGGAGGCGCUUCGGCCGGUUCCCUGGCCGCCUGCUGUCUCCUCUGCGAUUUGCCAUUGGGCAGCAUGACUUCGGACUUCUUUAGGGUCGUGAACGAAGCUCGUCGCUACUCCCUGGGUCCCUUCAGUCCCUCCUUCAACAUCCAGACCUGCCUGCUGGAGGGUCUACAGAAGCAUCUACCAGACGAUGCUCACAAGCGGGUCAAUGGACGGCUGCACAUUUCGCUAACCCGCGUGUACGAUGGCAAAAACGUGAUCAUCUCGGAGUUUGAGUCCCGGGAAGAGGUCCUGCAGGCGCUGUUGUGUGCGUGCUUCAUACCCGGAUUCUCCGGCAUCUUGCCGCCCAGAUUCCGUGGCGUUCGCUACAUGGAUGGUGCCUUCUCGGAUAAUCUGCCCAUUCUGGACGAGAACACCAUUACGGUGAGUCCGUUCUGCGGCGAGAGUGAUAUUUGCCCGAGGGAUCAGAGCUCGCAGCUCUUCCAUCUGAAUUGGGCCAACACCAGCAUCGAGAUCUCCAGACAGAACAUCAAUCGCUUCGUGCGCAUCCUAUUCCCGCCGCGUCCCGAGUUUCUGUCCAAGUUCUGCCAGCAGGGAUUCGACGAUGCUCUGCAAUUCCUGCAUCGGAACAAUCUGAUCAACUGCCGACGCUGCGUGGCGGUUCAGUCGACAUUCGUGGUUUCCGAGACGGUGGCCCAGCCCCAGGAGUUCGAUCCCGAGUGCAGGGAGUGCAAGAAGCACAGAAAGGACGCUUUGAGCUCAAACAUGCCCCAAACGGUGCUGGAUGUCAUCCAGGACUAUAUCGAACAAGCCAAUAAGGGUCUGGCCAACUGGAUCUUCAAGCAUCGCGGCAUUAAGCUGCUUUCCCUGCCAGCCACAGUGCCCAUGGACUUUCUGCUGGCCACCAUUUCAAAAAUAUCAGCACUGACGCCCAAAUUGACCAAGCAGGCCAGAGUAAUGGUGGAGGACUUUAUUCUGCAGUUGAACAACGCCAUGCGGAUACGAUUGCUAAAUAAAUUCACGCUCUAUGACCAGCCCCACUUCGAUGCCACAGGACUUCUUCAUUCCAGCCGCUUAUAUGGACCCCGUGUUUCCAUCCUUGUGGAUGAAUGUGGAGCCACACCGCUAGAGGACGAUGUCGACAACUUUGAGCAUGUCCUCAAAAUGACCACGCACAACGACGCUCUAUAUGCCUAUUACUACACCGACAGCAAUACGAACAAGGUGAAAGUAACCGAGAUCUUUGACUUUGACGAAAUAACGGAGCACGACAAGCUGGCCACCGAUCUGCAGAUCUACGAAGGAUCCGUCGAAGAUCACCCCAAUCCCCACCAGCACAGCCACAAUACGGUGGUCAGCGAAUGGAAUGGCGUCGAAUCAGACUUCUUCAUCGAUGCGCAUACACCAAAUGUGGAGGAUAGUAAAACAACAGCGCCACAAUUCGCCCGCCUGGACCUGGAGACCGAGUCAGAUGCUAGUGUGCUCAGUGAUCCCGAGGUUGACCAGACUUCUAGCUCCACGGCCUCCACGCACAGCAGCGACAUGUAUAUAGAAAUUGAGGGGUAAUUAGGGAUGGGCAGGGGGGCAAUCCUCUUAGGAACUGUAACGAAACAUCUCCAAAGCGGCUCGUAGCAAAGCGAAAAGCCUAGUAGCGUUUCCAUUAGUCUAAUUUAGUUUUAGUACGACCAACGUAUGUACCUAACUUAACUUAGCCGUAUGCUGCCAUUGUAUCAUCGUCAGUUUGUAAGCGGCAAUUAGCGAAUAAUUGCAUUCUUGUUAUUAGUCACCCUCACACGACUUGUAUUACAUCCAAAUCCCCAUCUGUGUUUAGCUUAAGUUGAUAAUGUGUAAACAAUAAAACAAUAAACAACAAAUAUUUACAGAA